UUACUUUAACUAAAAGUAUACACCUGCUAGUUUACACUUUUGUUGCUUGAAAUUGAAUUUUACCAAAAAUGGAUGUGAUAUGUUUGUGUCCCGGAUUGUCUGCAAUGUUUUUAUUUUUAAUCCUUUCAGUUUUUCCCGUGGAUGCUGCGUACUUUUGUACUAGUUAUUAUCUGGGCUAUAAUACCAGGGAGUACUGUUAUCGCGGACAGACACGGUGCUGUGGAUACUACUCCUACCGUUACUGCUGCGGUUAUUCGCUAUCUGGUGGAGCAAUAGCAGGGGUGGUGAUAGGCUGUUUGAUUGGUUUUGCAGUCUUGAUCGCCCUAGUCGUUGUUUGCUGUAACAUCAUGAACAAAAACAGAGGCACGGCGGGACGGGUUGUUUAUCCUAAUGACGGCUCAAAUAACGUAACUGUUGUGAACUCAUCACACCAGAGUCCUUAUACAGGUUAUUCAGGUGGUCCUAUUCAGCCCCCAGGAUACGUCCAAUCUACUUAUCCAGCCUAUCCCUCAGGUCCUGGACCGGCCUAUCCCCCCGCGGGACCGUCACAGUACCCACCUCCUCCCCCUCCGUCCUAUACCCAGCCAGGCACCGACUCUUAUCCACAAAAGUAUUGAUUCCAAGCCAAAGCUUUGGUGCUAUUACACGAAUGUCUGUGAUAUAAUUUAUAACGUUGUAAAUAUUAAAGAGUUUGAAGUAUGCCCUUGCAUAAAAGAGGGAGAUGGAAUAUCGGGAUUGUUAUUUUCUUUGUGUUGUUAUUAAUCUGCCUUUUAAUGAGCUGCAUAUUUGAGUGUUUUAUUUUGCUGUUAAAAUAUGUUAUUUUGAUAACUUUGUAUAUAAUUGAAACCUUGAUAAUCAAUCAGACUCAAAAAGUUUUAAAUUGUUUCAGAAGAAA